AUGAUUUGUGGAUCAACAAGAUCUAUAACAAUAUUUGGUCAAAACCUCCGAACAAACUUGUCUUCUUGUCGUUCAAGCAUGGGUUUCUGUCCACAGUUUAACUGCAUUUUCGAGCACUUGACCGUUAACGACCAUUUUUGGUUUUUCUCUAAGCUGAAAGGAGGUGGUGGAUGGAAAGUAGAUGCGGAUGAGCUCUGCUCUUCUCUUGGCAUGCAAAGCUUAAGACAAAAGGCGAGUGAUACAAUUUCGAAAAUUCAAUGCAUUCCACAUGUGACUGUCUUCGAAACUCUCUGGCGGCGAAAAAAGGAAACUAUGCCUAGCACUGGCAUUUGUCGGAGGAUCCAACUUCUGGUGCUAGACGAGCCAACAGCUGGAAUGGAUCCGCAGUCCAGGAGAAUCGUAACAGAUUUCAUCAUAAAACAAAAGCAAGAGAGGUAA